AUGGACACGGUUCCUGAUCGUAACCACUCGACAGUCCACGCCCUCAAGACCCGAGUACAUUCUUUUGCUUGCAAUUCGGUUACUGUGUGUGAGUGCACGGAGAGUUGCACGUGCACAAAGUUGAAGAAUUUUUCUAUAAGCUCCUGUCUACCCGCCUUUCUGCCCUCCUGUCUGGCCUUCUGCCUGACCGCCUUUCUACCCGCCUGCCUGCACGCCUGUCUGCCUGCCUGUCUGCCCGCCUGCCUGCCCACCUUCCUGCCCAAUUGUCAACCCGCCUGUCUGCCCUUCUGUAUGCCCGCCUGCCUGCCCGCCUGCCUGCCCGCCUGCCUGCCAGUCUGUUUGCCCGUCUGCUUGCCCACUUGUCUGCCUGCCAUUCUGCCCACCUGUCUGCACGCCUGCCUUGCCUUCUGCCUGCCCGCCUGA